UCCAUGUAAAAGAGCAGAGAGACAGAGGGAAGCUCAGAGGACUCAGAGGACUCCUGCUACUCAGAUACACCAGACAUGGCUCCUGGAUUCUUUUUGUGGGUUGUCUUGCUCAGUGUAUUGCUGUUACCUGGCAGUAUAGGACGAGUAGCUCCCAAGUCUGUAUACAGAUUUCUACCUGACAAAAUUAAUCUUCAUGAUGAGGACAAGCAUCAUGGUGAGGACAAGCACCACAGUGACGUGAUCACAUCUGACGCUUCGCGUGGACGGGACUUGGCGUUUGAUGAUGGCAGUCCCAUUCAACCUGUUAAUGAUGAGCCACCUCAUAAACCAGACAAUUCUGAGAACCAGUCUCCACAGGGAUCUAACACGAAUGAUAAACCGGCCACAUAUCCCCGAAAUGUGCACAGGUUCUUCUAUAGAGUUGUACCAGAUCAAAAUUCCCAGAGUGGUGAUAAACCCAUCACUUUUCCUAUGAAGCCUAGUCAACAGUCUCAAGGGGGGGAGGAGGAGGAGGAAGAGGGGGGUAGAGUGUUGUGGCCUGUCCCUCCGUCCGCACCACACCCUUACAACAGCCAAGUCCCACAGGGCGCCUCACAGCCACCUUCAAAUGCUUGGUACAGUUUGUCACCAGUGGGCUCAAAUCCUUUUUAUGGUGUGAACAACAGAAGACCACAAUUUUACAACGUAAACCCCUCUGAAAAAGUUCACAAUUAUGGAGGUGCUUAUAAUAGACCUGUGAAUAAUGUGCAACAGGGAUCCCCUCCAGGCUAUUCAACAAACACCCAGACGGCCAACAUCCCUGCAGGGUCACGUCCAUGGUUCUACACAAACUAUGGCCCAGUGGACUACAAGAACCUGAUGCAUGUGCCUAAAAGCGACGCAGAGCUCAGCAUUCAACCAAAUCCUCACACAAAACCAAGAAACCCCGUUCCAAGAUAUGUUAUCCAGGCAAGAAAUGGUUACGUGUCAAACCGUUAUAUGGCCUCUAAAAUGUCCUACGAUCCAGAUGUUUAACAAAGUAUGAUGCCAA